GUGGAGAUAAUUGGAGCCAAGUAGAACCUGGCGAUGUCGCUCAUCACCUGCUAUAAAAGCUCACCUGGUCUGCCUUUUUCCACAUCUGCCACAGGAACAUUGGCUGCUGUUUGGGCUUUGGUUCCGUUGGUCCAUGCUGUCUUCAUGGGAGGUCUUUGUUUUCCAGGUGAUGUGAAACAAGGGGAGUCCAAUGCUGUGCUGAAAAAAGGUGUAUCUCCUGAUGAUGAUGCACUUAAUGUUGUGGAACUUCUUGAUUCUGUGUUGAAGCGACAUACUCCAGGCGUGUCUCCUGAUGAUGUUUCACUUAAGAACGUUGUUGUGCUUCUUGAUUCUUUGGAUUCUGCAUUGAAGCGAGAUACUCCAGCCCCACCUACAAGUAAAGAGGUAUUUGGAGACAAAGGAAGCCACCCCGAGAAGAACAACCAGGCGGGCUACAACACGAGUGGCAAGGGGCAACUAAACGAUGCCUUCAGCCAGGAACAGCAGAGCUACAACAUGACCAAGGGUCAGCAUAAUGACUUUCAGCAGGUCCAGGCGAGUGUCAACCAGAACGACACAAAAAGCCUCAACCAACAGAGUGAGUCCUUUCAAAAAGUCCAGCCGAAUGUCAAGACUGACCAAAACCAACAGAGCGAGUUCUAUCAAGUCCAGUAUGACAGCCUGGAUGACUCCACAGAUGAGGGCUUCGCUGUAAACAUUUGAUUGGCAAGUAAGAUG